AUGUCGACCUCCCCACCCAAAGACCCCGAUGUCGAACAAAGUGCACAGUCUGGCGAAGAGCAGGAUCAUAUGGAUCGCGAGCAAGAAGGAGCACAAGGCAUCGGCGCCGGUGAAUUCGAAGUCAAGGAGCAAGACCGAUGGCUUCCCAUUGCGAAUGUUGCCCGGAUCAUGAAGACGGCCUUGCCCGAAAAUGCGAAAAUCGCCAAAGAAGCCAAAGAAUGUAUGCAGGAGUGCGUGAGCGAGUUCAUCUCGUUCAUUACCAGCGAAGCGUCCGAGAAAUGUCAACAGGAGAAGCGCAAGACGGUCAACGGAGAAGACAUUCUCUUUGCUAUGACUUCGCUUGGAUUCGAGAACUAUGCCGAAGCACUCAAAAUCUACUUGUCCAAAUACCGCGAAACCCAAUCCACAAGGGGCGAGAACCAGAACAGACCUCCCAGCAGCGGGUAUGGCGGCCCGGUUGGGGGGCCCAGUGUCCACGGCAAUCCCACGACAGGCGGCGCCCCGACCUACGCCCAAUCCGAGAGUGCCGACUUACUGAACCAAACAGCUCAGGGGAUAAACGCGCCGAGCCACGACAACGCCUACGGCUACAGCGACACCGUCCCCUCCGGCCACAAUGGCAUCUCCAACGACGCCUUUUAA